CAGAGGAACUGCUGUUGUCACCUAAAAAAGCCCAGUCGUUCAUCCAGCACCAUGGGAAAGAAGAGUCGAGUGAAGACUCAGAAGUCGGGCUCAGGAACCAGCGCUGUGGUUUCCCCCAAGGAGAUGAUGAACCUUAUCUCUGAACUGCUGCAGAAAUGCAGCAGUGCAGCGCCCUCUGCUGGUAAAGAGUGGGAGGAAUACAUCCAGAUCAGAGGCUUGGUGGAGAAGAUCCGCAAGAAACAGAAGGGUAUGUCGAUAGUUUUUGAAGGCGGCAGAGAGGACUACUUCCCAGACCUGAUGUCCUGGGCUCAGGAAAAUGGGGCGUCCUGUGAUGGCUUCACAGUGACCAACUUUGGAACAGAAGGCUAUGGCCUGCGGGCCAGCAGAGACAUUAAGGCAGAGGAACUAUUCCUGUGGAUUCCCAGGAAGAUGCUAAUGACUGUGGAGUCGGCCCAGAACUCUGUGCUUGGUCCUCUGUACAGCCAGGACAGGAUCCUGCAGGCCAUGGGCAACGUGACGCUGGCCUUCCACCUGUUGUGUGAGCGGGCCAACCCGGUUUCAUUCUGGCUGCCGUACAUCCGCAGUCUUCCUCAGGAGUACGACACGCCGCUGUUCUACCAGCAGGAGGAGGUGCAGCUGCUGCUGGGCACACAGGCAGUGCAGGACAUUCUGAACCAGUAUAAAAACACUGCACGCCAGUACGCCUACUUCUAUAAACUGAUACAGACUCAUCCCGCAGCCAGCAAACUGCCCCUGAAGGACAGCUUCACAUUUGAUGACUACAGGUGGGCAGUGUCCUCAGUGAUGACCCGUCAGAACCAGAUCCCUACUGAGGACGGCAGCCGGGUCACUCUGGCCCUCAUCCCCCUCUGGGACAUGUGUAACCACACAAAUGGACUGAUCACGACGGGCUACAACCUGGAGGACGAUCGCUGUGAAUGUGUGGCGCUGCAGGACUACAAGGAGAACGAGCAGAUCUACAUCUUCUAUGGCACAAGAUCCAAUGCCGAGUUUGUAAUCCACAACGGCUUCUUCUUCCAAGACAAUGCCCACGACCGAGUGAAGAUCAAGCUGGGCAUCAGCAAGAGCGAACGCCUCUACGCCAUGAAGGCCGAAGUGCUGGCACGAGCCGGCAUCCCAGCGUCCUGUGUCUUUGCUCUGCACUGUAAUGAACCCCCUAUUUCAGCCCAGCUCCUCGCCUUCCUCAGAGUUUUCUGCAUGACAGAGGAGGAACUGAAGGACUAUCUGCUGGGUGAUCGUGCCAUCAAUAAGAUCUUCACCCUGGGCAACAGCGAGUUCCCCGUCAGCUGGGAGAACGAGAUCAAGUUGUGGACUUUCCUCGAGACCCGAGCGGCUCUGCUGCUCAAGACCUACAAGACAACAUCAGAGGAGGACCGCUCCCAACUUGAGAAACCUGAUUUAUCCCUCCAUUCUCGCGUGGUGAUCCAGCUCCGCCUGGCUGAGAAGCAGAUCCUGGAGAAGGCGUCAGCCAGUGGACGGGCCAAGCGUCUGCACUUCCAGAAGAAACUGGAGGAGGGCGCUCCGUUGCCUCGCUACGAGGAAAGCGAUAUUGCUUUGCUGGAGAAUACGGACGCAGAUGCAAAGCUUCCUAUUAUCCUGCGCAAGCUGGAGGAGGUGGAAGAAGGCCAGGAGCUCCAGGCGGAGGAGCACAGUCACCUCCUGAAUGGGGAGAAGGCUAUGUAUGGGAUGGAGAUGGAGGCUAAUGGACAGCCAGUGCAGGAGGAGACUCAGGAGAAGGUCAGGAAAGAUGUUAAUUCAGCUUUGGACUCAAUUGGAAGUUCAACCCAGAAAGGCCAAAGGGAAAUGGCAAAUCUAAGUUCCAGUCGAACUACGGAUAAUCCCAAAGAGAACAGUGAAUAAGUAGAAUCCACUUUCUGCCACAGAUCAUGCUCAUCAUGCUAUUUAUUUAUUUUUGUGUCUCUUAAAUGACUCAGAAAUAUAGAAGCUGAAAAAAUUUGAAUUCUAAGUUGCAGAACUUCUCUGACUGUACGUUCAUCCGCUGUGGCUUUACUUAGUUGUCCGUUGCUCAACUUGUUUAAAAAUGCUGCCAGUGUGUCCCUCAGCCUUCUGUGCGGAACAGGAUUUAAUUAAAAUUAGCUUUUGUUUUAAGUUUGGAACAUAGAUUCACAUUUUGAAACACUUGGCGGCCUGCAGCGUAGGAAGAAAGCAAGGGGGGGUCACCGUGAACUGGUUCCAGCAGAUUGUUAGGUGAAGAUGUAAAAAACAAAAUGGAUAGAGGUGACACUUCCCACAAAGCCAAAAGCUUGUGAAUUGGUUGGUUUAUUACUGCAGUUUGUGUGUCCAGUAUGUUUUGAGUUGACAAUCAUAUUCUGUGGUGUGCUACUGAGUUAUGACCAUCACUGCCCUCACUUCCCCUUUCCUCUGGUUAAAAUCAUUUCAUGCAAAACAGCUGAAGGAAACAGAAACUGUUCUCAUUAGCCUGUCAGACCACAUGUUUGAAAUUGAUGGAAACUGUUAUGGUUCAGUAUGAUAAGCCAAAGCGGAACAUGGUUUUGCUUUCUAAAUGAAGCAGUUUGACUUUAGCAUCAAAUUGUGUAUUUCUGUCAUUGCAUAGCUGCAGCCCUCGUCAAGAGACAGAGAGUUUAGUUUUAAAAAGUAUCUUUGUGAAUGUACUCCGUUUACGUUGCAGUGAUUAUCUGCUGAUGUUACCAAAAGGGAGUGAUGGGUGACACAGUGACUGCCCCUGUUAUUGCCCCUGAGAAAGCCAUACACAACACCGAGGACUUGGUGAGACACGCGACGACGGCGGCGGCGGCGGCUCAUGCGAGUCCUUCUGUUGGAAGCUUUUUGUUCGACUGCCUUAAAACGAGGCGAUUUCAGCGGGACACUUUUUGUACGAAAAACACGGAAGCGGUUUGUGUUGACUGUAUGCGUGGCCCACAUGACUCGGACAAAGAGCCGACGCUGACUGAAUCCCUGGCGGUCAAUGCAGCGUGGAGGGAAGAAUGUGCAAUUUUGACCAGAAUUCUCAUCUAUUAGAGCAUUUUACCUUCUCGUAGGAAAUGUGGCCAACCCGUCAUUGCACAUCAUCAUCUCAACCAUUCUGCAUAGUCAUGGGUGAGAUCAUGAGGUGAGACUUUGUGCUUCAGCUCUACUAUAGAAAUGCAGUUUUGGUUGUAGUGCUACUGUUUGUGGCUCACUUUUACAUAAACAAUAUAUGAUUGAUGCAGUCUGACCAUCGGUCCACCUACUACUCCACCCCUGUGCUUUCAACCGCAUGUCAUGGUUCAUCACAACAUGUAAUUCUUUAGCUGAAUUUGGUACAGUUCUAGUCACAUAUGGGGGAGAAGUCUUAACGCCCUUGGCAUUGGAUGUGCAUGGUCUUUCUCCACACGUCCACUGACUCCAUGACUUUGACCCAUUCCCAGUCCUCUCCCCGAUCAGGGUCAAAGUCAGUGGACGACCAGAGAAAGCUCGAGGAGGACAUUCACAUCUGACACCAGAGAGCAUCUUUGAACAGAGACAGAGGUUAGCAUCUCCACCCUCAUGCCCGUUUAAAGCUGACAGUUUGUCCAUUAUCCCAUUUCAAACUGGUUGAACAGAGUGCUGUCUGUAAAUAGAACAGCGUUCAGUGGAUGGUCUCAUUGUGAUAAAUUGUUUGAAAAAGGUGGAGCAAUCAAUAAACAGAUGUGACAUUAUUUACAUUCAUUUCUUUAGACCUAGACUGCUGUCUCACCCGUUAAAUUUGAGCUCACCUAUCCUGCAAAAUCCUCAACUUUUUUUAAGCGAACAGUCGAUCGGCCUUGAUCUGCUGACAGUCAUUUCAAAAGCUCUGCCUCUCCAAAUUCCACACUUAUGUAUUGGGGGAGAGAAGGGACAGUUAUAUUCCUCCAAUCAGAAACAAGCUGUGAUGACACUGACUCUCUUUCAAAACACCGUGUACGGCUUUGUUGCAGCCUGUCUGCAUCAAAUAGUGAAAGGAGCUUGUUUGCAAAUAUGAUUGACAGGUUCUUUCUCUCAGUAAUCAAUUACCUUUAUCAGCUCAAGUAGUCAUUUUCCUUUAGACUAAAUGAGAAUGAAUAGGACAGACAGAUUAAACAUAAACCCAAAAUUAUCAUUGAAAAGCUAUUUUAAAAAAUGGAUGAAGACUUGCAGUGGAGUCUUUGCAUAAUGCUGUGCGUCGUCAUGUAAGCCUAAAGUGUGAAGAAGUUUUUCUUUGUUUUUCAUUUUGAUAAUUAUUAAUAGCAGUUAUCAAGAAUUCAUAGUCAUUUAAUUUUAAAUCCUUGUUUUGUUCAGAUGUGAAUCUGCUCCUGUUACACAUCUUUUGACACAAUAUGGCAAUCCAUUUUGAGACUCGGACAAUUAAAAUGUUUAUAUACAAUAUUACAUUGUCAGACAUACCUGAUGGAAAAUACAGUGAUUAGCUGUAUGUAGCUGUAAGACAAAUUGAUUGAUAUUAAUCUCAUGUCUGUGCAUUAAGGACAGAGCUGGAAUCAGGAGGACAUUUGCUUAUUUUAGCAGAAAGAAGGAAAGAAGGGGCAAACAGGUAGCCUGGCUCUGUCCAAAAAUCCAAAACAGGCCUACCAACACCUCUAAAGCUCAUUAAUUAACACUCUGUAAGUUGUUUGUUGAAGCUAUAUGUAUGAGGGCUGCAACAAAUUGUUUGCAUUAGCGAUUAAAAUACCAUUAUUCUCUCAAUUAAGAGUUUGGUACAUAAAUCUCAGAAAAUAGCGUCUUUUUUUCAGUCCAAAAACCAAAGAUCAGUUAAUUUUACUAUCACAAAGCUCCAGGAAAACCAGCAAAUGCUGACAUUUAGGAAAGUUAAACCAGUGAUUGUUUGCCAUCUUUUGCUUCAAAAAUUGCCUAAAUGAUAAAUCACUCAUCAGUAUAAUCGAUUGAUUAAUUGAUGAAGAUAAAAUCAAUCAGCCAGUUCUGGUGGAUGAGAAUUUUGGUUUCCAGGCAGUUCUGUGCUGAAACUAACCAAGUCUAGCUUCAUGCUUAGCCACACUAAUCACCUCCCAUUUCAGACUCUAUCCUUAAUGCACAGACAUGACAGUGGGACCAAUCGUCUCAUCAAAUUCUCAGUAACAAAGUAAAUCAGCGUAUUUACCAAACUAUUUCAGUUCUAGGAUGUUCCAUUGGCAGUCCUCCUAAAAAAUGUUGAAUCCUCUACAAAUUGAAAUAUACCUUACAACUGUCCCCGAUCUCCCCAACUCGAUGUUUGUUCUCAGAAUUGAUGCUGGCUAACAUGUAUGAUUAGCUCCACGGCUUUGAUUUGAAGAUUUUUGGGACUGUCAGUGAGUCUUGGCUUCGGCUUAUCGACCACGUGAAAUGUGAGUUGGGCUCACUCCUGGAUAACCAGUGAAGUUGGGAAAAUUUUGGUCAACUGACGGAGGCUUGAUGGUGGUGUGAAGGGAAGGCGGUGAAUUCUCACAGCCACAGUGACUACGUUCACAUGCACAAGAUAUUUCCCUUUUAUUCUGAGAAAGACAGUGUUCAUACUAAGCUGCUUACCUGGCUAAUGAAAAUGGAUUUUUCCUCUACUAUUCCCAUUUACAUGCCGCGCAUACUCUUUCAUAAUAUUUAAAAUAGGUGCAGGAAUGUGGGCCUUUCUUUUCCAAAUGGAAUAUGCUGUUUACACGGCCCGUAUCAAAUUCACAAUACUUUCACUUCAUUCUGAAUAAUAUCGCAAAAUUAGUGUGCAUGUGAGCGUGGUCUGUGUUCCCUCUCCAAGUGGGAUGCAUUACAUUGACCAAAACUAGGCUGUGUUCACCCGAGGUCAGCGGUUUAUGGCCGACCGCCGUGUACCACGUGAUGCUCUUGUUUUGUAUCACAUUUGAUGUGUCACUUGUCUUUCUGUGGCUCGAGCACUUUUCCAUCACAAAUCUGUAUUUUUUAUGCAAUCAUGUACUUUUACCAACCUUAUUGGUAACAUUCAGUCUGUUUGCUGCUUUUCUACAGACCUCUGUACCUGUGUGUGUGUGUGCGUGCGUGCGUGUGUGUGUGUCUGUGUGUUUACGCCUGCCUGCCUGCGAGCUCCUAGCUUUGACCAUAGACUCAACAAGUCCUGGCCGGGUACGUUGUUAUCCAGCCGAUCCGGACUCUUCAUCAUUUAUGCAGUAGUUCUGGGUUCCUGUCGCUGUAAAGAGAGACCCAGGGUGUUGAGUUGAUAAGGAAACUUGUCCUGAAGCUGUCAGAGAUUAAACUUCAUCUCAUUUCUCA